AUGGACACAUUAGAUGAUCCAAAAAUUGUAUACAAUGCCGAAAACAUUCAAAGGGACAUGAAGCGACAAUAUGACUUAGAUUUGAGUUACUGUAAAGCACAUAGAACCAAAAAGAAGGCACUUGAAAUGUUGCGGGGAGAUCCUGGACAUAUUUUAUCAAUUGCAUAUGCUAUUGUUGAUUCUGAGAAUAAUGCUUCUUGGGAGUCUUUCUUCGAAAGGUUAAAAGAAGCAAUAGGUGUUAGAGAAAGAAUAUAUUUUGUAUCUGACAGACAUCAAGGCAUAUUAAGAGCUAUAUCAAUAGUGUAUUCGGGAGUUCCUCACUGUAUUUGUAUAUGGCAUCUUUGGAAUAACAUAAAAGAAAAUUAUAGGAGGAAUCAACAGCAGUUACGAGAAAUAGUUUAUGCAAUGCAAAAGGUGGAAAGAAUUGAUAAGAGAGUAAAGGAUUACUUGUUUGAUAUCGGAUAUCAAAAAUGGGCAAGAACACAUGCUACUGUAAAUCGAACAAUGAUAAUGACCUCUAACAUUACCGAGUCAGUCAAUUUAGCAAUCAAAGAUGAAAGAGAUCUUUUGGUGAGGCCUUUAACUGAUUACUUACAUACCGUUACACACAAAGGAAGGACAUUUAUUGUACGUAUUAAAGAGCAAAUAUGUACAUGUAGACGUUUUCAACUAGAUGUUGGGCCAUGUUCACAUGCUUUGGAAGUGCUGAAAAGUAAAAGAUUAAAAAGUGAAGAUUAUUGUUCCAUUUACUAUACUAUUGCAGCAAUGAAGAAGACAUAUGAGAUCUCAAUUAAUCCUAUUCCAGAUGAAACUUCUUGA